AUGAACCUCUUAUCUAACCCAACACCAACACACGUCGUAGAUUAAAUACUUGAUACAUCGCUCCAACCCAACCAGUUAUCCAACGGCCCCCGCGUUGAACGUACUGCCGCGCUUCUUUACUUCCAACUGUAAAAUGUAUCAAAAUGGUCGUUUCUAAACUCGAAAAAUGCCUUCGUAACUGUAAAGUGACAGAGACUAUAGCGUUAUUCGUCGAACCUAAUCAUCCUAAGCGGUUUUUUAAAUACAGUUGACCAAAGUUUUACGUUCCGCCGUUUGGAACACUUUAAAACUUGAAAUUGGACAUUUAAAGUUCGAAAUUUGAAAAUUGACUCAAUAAUGGCGAGUAAUAAAUACGCGCGUGUUCAUUCGUACGGGAGCAUGAGCUCAAGAAGUGACGACGAUAUGGUGGUGCAUUCGCAACUCUACCCUUAUCCGAAGAAAAUGGUGGUGCAGCGAGAGAUUUUGUAUGAAGAGGAGCAUCCUCCGUUCCAACCUUUAAUAGCCACUGAGAGGUUGUUUGGAAAGACUCGUUUUACUUUUCUGCUGCUGAGUUAUGUGGCGUUCUACUUUGUCUAUCUGAUUUCUGGUGCAUUGGUGUUCUCGGCUUUGGAAGCACCCAUGGAAAACCAGGUGCGGUUGGAUGUGAUCAGAGCGAAGCAGGAUUUUAUAAUGCGGCAUCCGAAUAUUUUAGCUGAUGACCUGGAAUCGCUGAUAGAAGUGGUGGUGCGAGCCACCAACCAGGGCGUGCCGGCGGCGCAGAACGUGAGCGGCGGACCCAACUGGAGCUUCGGACAGUCGCUGUUCUUCUCUUCUACUGUCAUUACUACUAUCGGCUACGGCCACGUGACCCCCCUCUCCAAGAUGGGCAAGCUGUUCUGCAUGCUAUACGCAGUGCUGGGUAUCCCCCUGACCCUGAUCCUGCUCUCGGCGCUGGUGGAGCGACUACUGCUGCCAGCCACGGCGCUGCUGCGGACCCUGAACGCUGAACUUGGCCACCUUUACAGGCCUUUUACUAUACGGCUGGUGCACCUUUCAAUUAUUGUGACGUUCCUGGUGGUGUUCUUCCUCGUCAUUCCAGCUGCGAUCUUCGCCUCCCUUGAGCCAGGCUGGGACUACCUGGACUCGUUCUACUACUGCUUCAUUUCGCUGACCACCAUAGGCCUGGGCGACUACAUUCCUGGAGACUCACCUGGGCAGGAGUACCGCCCCUUGUACAAAGUGGCUACUACUUUCUUCCUACUGGCCGGGCUGACAUUCCUCAUGCUGACAUUAACCGUUUUCUACGACAUCCCGCAACUGAACCUCAGCACUGUCUUCUCCUCCGUGAAACUGGACGAGGACCCGGAGAAGAUGCGUCUCAGCGGCUCCGGCGUCAUGGGUCCCGGCUACGGCAUCGGCGGCCUCGUCAUGAGGGACGACUACAACCAUCACGACCAGCGCCGGUCCGUCGUGCACAUUCGGCCACAUUUGGACGACAGUCCCAGCCCUGAGGACACCACGCCUGUCCAUGCUAGGGAUAUGAGGGUGCCUCAUGUCCAUUAAGCGGUUACGUUGGACUUGCCUGGCAAAAUGAACAAAUUUAAACCAAAAUAAACAGUGAAUAGAUCUUCAUUGAGAAGGGACAAAGAUCUAGAAAGUAAAAAAGAUCGAUCAGAGAGUCAGAUCUGUUUGCUCUUGCUGUUUUUUUGUUUGUAACGUACUCGAUAUAUCAAAACAAAUGUUAAGAAUCACCACUAUCGACAAUUAUCGACGUGUGCACUACAAUUCACGAGAUACCUACGUUUGUUUUGGAGUACGCGAUUUUAAAUUUUGCCUAGGCAUGUCUUAAGCGUCAGGACAAUUGGCUAUAUUGACAGCAUUUGCAAGGGAACAAAGAAAAUGGCAUUGCCAAUUAGGAAUCUCUUCACGCUCUAGGAUUCCUAAGUCUAUGGCUGUUCCCUGAGUAAAUAGCAAGUGCUACGUAAAAAAUAAUCUGACAAUCAUUUGUUUUUAUGCAAUGUACUUGGCGCGGAGCAUAAUUGGCAUAAUUCGAAUUCUAUUUAUGUAAAAAUAUAGUUCAUAUAGUAUUCCUUAUAUAAUAUUUGAAAUAUAUUUCAAUCUAUAUUUAAUACAUGACUAUGCUCUUUUUUAUAAGAGCGCAGUAUUGCGGUAGGUAUGGUUUUGAUUUACCUAAUUGUUUUGAGUAUGAAAAUGAUUUUGUCUAUAAAUAAAAAUUUUAUAAUUAUGAGAAAAGGGUUCAUUUAAAUAUAUACAUAUAUAUAUAUAAUACAUGAAAAAAGACCAUCAAAACAACUAAAAAUUAAAAGAUUGUUGUUUCUUAAAAAAAAGUGUCAAAGUAGGUAUCCAUACGUUUAUACCGUGCGAAUAUGUGCCUAAUUCGCAACUCCUGUCGAUUUAAAACACUCCCUUCGGUCGUGUUUUAAUUUAUAGCCACUCGUUUUGAAUUUCCUCUUUUCCGCACUUGUAUCGUAAAUAACUAUUUCGAUGUAGACGGUAGACCCUCAGGCGCCCUCAGGAGUGAAAUGCAUCGAAAAUGCCUACUUUGAUAUGUGUAUCUACCUUGUGCAAGGAAAAUGUCAUCUAUGUUUCCUGCAUGUUUGUACAGAACUUUACAAAAUUAGUGUUGUAGAUAUAUCAAUAAAAAACAGCUUAAUAUCCAAAUGGUUCCAAAAUUAAACUCUGGAGAAAUCGCAUAAGUUCAUAGGUAACAAAAUUUCUUAAUUUUGACUGCGCAGUCUUCAAAUUGAUACUUACAUGCUACAAAUAUGUAACGUAGGUACCUAAAUUAUUUCACAAACUUUGCACACGCUAUCACUUGUUUCCAUGCACCGCAUUAUAUCGAAGACCGUCCUCUUAAAAAAACUAACAGUGAUGUUAACAAUUAACAUACAGAUAUAGUGCAUCAUUAUUUUCCAUCGUAUUUUCUCGGAAACGUUCGUAUUUGUCAUGCUAGGUACUUCAGUCAACGUCAGUACUUUUUAUACCGAGACUAAAUGAAAAAGCAAGACACGUUCGUACGUUUACGUAAAAAAACAAUGGAAAAUAAUUAUGCACUAUAUAAUACCUUGGAAAAUUCGUCGAAUUCACAACCGCUGGUGAAACUAGCUGAACUGAGCACAUUAAGACUGACAAGGAUUUAACAAAUUUUCGCACUUUUCUAUUUUCACAUUAGAUUUUGUAUGGGGACUAAAUGA